AUGGCAACAAUCUGUGUUUUAAUUCGCCAUUCCGGAAAAUGGAGCGAUGAGAAUUGUUAUGUGGAAUACAACAUUGACGGGAUUGUUUUGAAGGAAUAUGCUUCAUAUUCUGAUUUAGUUGAUGUGAUUUCCGUACAAUUGAACGUUGAUCUUACAAAGAAGUGUAUGAAGAUUAAAUACACUAUCGAAGGUGACGACACGCCUAUGGAAAUACGUAACGACAUGGGUGUGCGCCUAUAUGUUCAGUUGAAAAAAAUGAAUACUCAAAUUGGAGUAUAUCCCCUGUGUGUUAGUAUUUACGAUAUUGAUAUUGUAUAUUCUGGUUCUGGAGAAACUUCUAUUGAAAGUGAUGUGUUGCAACUUGAAUACAAUAAAGAAUUAAAUAGUGAGGAUGAUCCAUUAGCGAUUGUACCAGCAUUUGGCGAUCAAACAGUAGAUGCAUUUGAUGUUGAAAAUGAUUUAAUAAUCACUAACAGAUCGCAAAAGGAGAUAAUGGUGGAUCAGAUAUACAUGGAUAAGUCGACAUUGAAAGAUGAUGGGGUGCAUUCAGAUUGUCGAGCAACAAGUUCGUUGAUUGGAGGAAUAAUAGCACCUAAAUUGAGGAAUCAUAAGAGGAAGUACAGUCCAAAUGAUAUUAAAGAUGACAUUAAGUUGGAUUUGGGUAUUGAUAUUAAUUACAUGUUGGCAUGGCGAUCAAAGGAGAAGGCAUUAGAAUCUAUCAUGGGGCAACCAGCUGCGUCUUACGGGAAGCUACCAGGAUACUUGUAUACGUUGGAUAAGACGUAUCCUGGUUCACAUAUACGAAUGCAGAAAACACCUAAUGACGAAUUUUUGUAUGUUUUUAUAGCGCUGGAUGCUUUUAUAAAAGGAUUUGAUCAUUGCAGGCCAAUUGUUGUUGUAGACGCCAGCCACCUCAAAUCAGCAUACACUGGUGCAUUCGUAUCAGCCAGCACUAUGGAUGGAGCAGGGAAUAUAUUACCUUUGGCAUACGGAGUUAUAGAUUCGGAAAAUGAUGCUUCUUGGACAUGGUUCUUUGAACAAUUCAAAGAAGCCUAUGGAGAAAGAGAGAAUAUGUGUGUAGUAUCUGACCGACAUAAUAGCAUAAUUAAGGCUGUAUCUAUUGUAUACAACAAUGUCCAACAUUACGCCUGCAUAUGGCACUUGUGGGCUAAUGUAUGUAAGAAUUUUCGAAAAGCAAAUGAUCAAUUGAGUGAAGUAUUCUACACUAUGGCAAAGGCAUAUACUCAAAGUGAUUUUGAUAAGCUAAUGAAAAGGGUUGAGCAGUUUGAUGUAAGGGUUAAGAAUUACUUGGAGAUGGUUGGAUAUGAGAAGUGGGCAAGGUUGUAUGCACCAGUUCCUCGUGGUUGGGUUAUGACAUCGAAUAUUGCAGAGUGCAUCAAUUCGACGUUAGUAGCAGCAAGAGAAUUACCAAUAUUUGACUUUCUUGAACAAGUGCGAUUGAUGUUUGCUAGAUGGAAUUGCACAAAUCGGAAAAAUGCAUCAUGCACAUUCACACUGCUUGGGAAGAAGUUUCAAGAGAUGCUUUUGCUUAAUGAAUCAAAAUCGUGGCGUAUGAUGGUUGCCCCGUCAACUGAUUACGUUUAUUCCGUAAGUGAUGAAGGGAAGAGUUAUAUUGUAUGCUUGGAAAAAAAGACUUGCAGUUGCAACAUGUUUCAAGUUGACGGUAUACCGUGCUCACAUGCGUGGAGUGUGUUGAAUAAAAAUCGCAUGCUUCCGGAAGAAUAUUGUUCAGAAUUUUAUAAGCGAGGAACAAUAUUGAAAACAUAUGAAGUCCCUAUAUAUCCUCUACCUGACAAAGGUGAAUGGAACAUACCUGAACACAUUGCUACCGAAGUUGUGUUGCCACCAAAAUUCAAGCGACCUCCAGGAAGGCCAAAAAAGCAACGUGAAAAGUCAUUUAGCGAGCUGAGCAAAAGGAAGGGUACCAAUUCUUGUAGUACAUGUGGACAACAAGGUCAUAAUAGGCGUUCAUGUCGUACUGCAACACGAAAUGCAUAG